AUGAUUUUGCAGGCCGAACUGAAGAAGCGUCUUGGGCUAGGCGAGGUGGAAGGGAUUCCCUUACCAAAAAGCACUUGUAAUGAAUGGGAUCGGAUCCAGUGCUUCCAAGCCAAGCCAGAUGACAUACUUCUUUGUACUUACCCCAAAUCAGGUACCACUUGGAUACAAGAGAUUGUGGAUAUGAUCCAACAAGAAGGCAACCUGGAGAAAUGUCAGAGGGCCCCUGUGCAUCAUCGACACCCAUUCAUUGAAUGGGCAAGGCCAUUCCAGACCUCGGUGGACCAAGCUGAAAUGAUGCCCUCUCCAAGGACCCUCAAGACUCACCUUCCUGUCCAGCUGCUCCCUAAGUCCUUCUGGACUGAGAACUGCAAGUUCAUUUAUAUGGCAAGAAAUCCCAAAGAUUGCCUGGUGUCCUGUUUCCAUUUCCAAAGAAUGAACAAAACGUUACCCCAUCCUGGAACAUGGGAGGAGUAUUUGGAGAUUUUCACGGCAGGCAAAGUGGCCUGGGGCUCUUGGUACAAUCACGUGAAGGAUUGGUGGAAAGCAAAAGAUACUUACCAUGUCCUGUAUCUCUUUUAUGAAGACAUUAAAAAAGACCCAAAGGGUGAAAUCCAGAAGAUAAUGCAGUUUAUAGGGAAGCAAUUAGACGUGGCCACUGUAGACAAGAUUGUGCAUCACACCUCGUUCGAAGUCAUGAAGCACAACCCCAUGGUUAACCGAGCUAAUGCACCACUGUCUGUCAUGGACCAGUCCAUUUCUCCAUUCAUGCGAAAAGUACAGUAA